GUAACUUGCGAGGCAAAGGUUAACAACCACUUCUAUGUUGGCUAGGACGCGUAGUCCACCCCAUACAAAGGGAUAACCGCCUCCAGGAUCAUCAUCAUCAUCAUCAUCAUAUUUGUGUAGUCAUCUUUGUCUCGAGAAGUUUGCUGAAUUGAUCGACACCAGCAAGAUGAGUAUAAUGUCUUAUAACGGUGGCGUAGUCCUUGCCAUGACAGGCAAGGAAUGUGUAGCUAUUGCUGCAGAUCGCAGACUCGGUUCGUCUGGCCGGACAAUAGCUCUCGAAUUUGACCGCAUCUUCCAAGUGGGGCCUCAACUUUUCGUUGGCUUGCCUGGGUUAGCGACCGACACUCAAACAGUCGCCCAGCGACUCAAAUUCAGGCUUAACUUGUACGAACUUCGAGAAAAUCGUCACGUGAAGCCAAAAACCUUGGCUUCUGUGGUUUCCAACCUUCUCUACGAGCGCCGAUUCGGACCGUACUUCGUGGAACCCGUCAUCGCGGGCUUGGACCCUGUGACGAAUGAACCGUACAUUGCGGUGAUGGACUUAAUUGGGUGCCUGGAUGAACCUCAGGACUUCGCUGUGACGGGGACAGCCGACGAGCAAUGCUUCGGGAUGUGCGAGUCCCUAUGGGAGCCGAAUCUCUCACCUGACGACUUGUUCGAAGUCAUCUCCCAGUCGUUGGUCAACGCAUUCGACAGGGAUGCUCUCUCAGGUUGGGGAGGAGUCGUGUACAUCAUUGAGAAGGAUAAAGUCACCACCAAGCAUCUUAAAACUAGAAUGGACUGAAGUGUCGAAAUAAAUGCCUUUCUCGUCUCA